AUGGCCCAGACAUUUGAUAUUCCACCCUCCACCUCCAAGCCAUCCUCCGAUUUCGGACCCAUACCUAACCCUGGAGAGCUUCAUGCAUUUCCAGAUACAAGUGCUGAUAAUUCUCCGGUGGCUCCACCACCAAAGAAGACUCAUGUCAAGGAUGUCGAGGAUGAAGAUGAUAUUGUGGGACCACAAGAACAUUUCAUUCAGGACUUUCCUUGGCUGGCCGGUGAUCCGAUUGUUGAGCGUGGAAAAUUACCUCCAUUUUUCGAGCUUUUUCGGCAUCAGAAGGUCGAGAAUGGUGAGGCGAUGUGGGCACCUUUCAGUUCUAGGGAUGAGUGGGAACUUGCUCGAUGGCUAAUGUGCUCUAGUAUCAGUCAGAAGGAGAUUGACUCAUUUUUGAAGUUGGAAAGUAUCAAAAAUAAUGUCAAUCCGAGCUUUGGUAAUAAGAGAAAGCUGUUUCAAACCAUUGAUAAGCUGCCAACUGGUCCUGAAUGGACAUGUGAAGUCUUCAAGAUUCAUGGGGACCUGCUCAAUAAUGAGGGAAUGCCACAGACAGAGGAGAUUGAGCUUUGGAAGCAUGAUCCAGUUGCCUGUAUCCGGGAACUUAUGGGUGAUGCUCAGUUCAAGGAACACAUGCGUUACGCACCUGAACGUGUCUACACUGAUGAGAUGGGCACAUCAAGGGUAUACAGUGAGAUGGCAACAGCCGACUGGUGGUGGCAAAUCCAGAAACUCUUACCGAAAGGUGUAACCAUUGCUCCAGUGAUUCUCGCCUCUGAUAAAACACAGCUUUCCCACUUCAGCGGUGACAAGUCCACAUGGCCGGUGUAUCUAACAAUUGGGAAUAUUGACAAGGACAUUAGACGAAAGCCUUCAGAACAUGCAACCGUGCUGAUAGGGUACCUACCCGUCAGUAAACUAGAGUGUUUCUCGAAAAAACAGCGCUCGGUUGAGUCCUACCAGCUGUUUCAUACUUGUAUGCGCUCGCUUCUUGCACCAUUAAUCGAGGCUGGAAAGAAUGGAGUAGAGAUGUUGUGCACUGAUGGUCAGACCAGACUCAUCUAUCCGAUUUUGGCCGCAUAUGGAGCAGAUUACCCGGAGCAGUGCUUGAUUGGAUGCUCAAUGGAGAAUCGCUGCCCGAAAUGCAAAGAAAAAGCUGGCGAACUUGGAGAUCCUGUGUAUUCACUCAUGCGCGAUCCAAAGGAAACAGUCGAGGUUCUGAAGCAGGCAUCAGCUGGGCUGGAACCACAAGAAUUUACAGACUGGGGCCUGCAACCAGUCAAUCCGUUUUGGGUUGACUUACCCCAUUGUAACAUAUUCCAAUGCUUCACUCCUGAUAUCCUCCACCAACUACACAAAGGGGUCUUCAAAGACCAUGUCAUCAAGUGGGCAACCACUGUGGUGAACGUUGAUGGACCUGAGCAUCAAAUAGAUGGAUUGCAAAAGGCCGAAGUGGAUUGCCGCUUCCAAGCUAUGACACGACAUCCGAGUCUUCGACAUUUCAAGAAAGGCAUAUCGUUAAUUUCACAGUGGACAGGUAACGAGUACAAGAAUAUGGAGAAAGUUUUUCUGUCCAUUAUGGCUGGAUGUGUGGAUGAAGAAGUGAUGAAAUGCAUUAGAGCAGUGCUCGACUUCAUAUACUUUGCACACUAUGAAGAGCAUACAACUGAGUCAUUGAAGAAACUGGAAGAUUCAUGGCACACCUUUCACAAGCACAAGGAGAUCUUCAUUGACCAGGGGAUACGUGACCACUUCAAUAUUCCGAAAAUUCAUUCCAUGUACCACUAUGCUUCAAUGAUACACUCACAUGGCUCAGCAGGUGGCUAUAACAUGGAAGCUUCAGAACGUCUGCACAUUGAUUAUGUAAAGAUCGCCUACAAUGCAUUGAACAAGAAAGGGUAUGUGAAACAGAUGACAGCAUGGAUGAGGAGGUGUGAGGCAGUUGAGAAGUUUCAGAGGUUUUUGCAGUAUGCUAUCGAUGAGUACACUGAGCCAGAGAGGGAGGAUGAGGUUGACGGGGAAGAGGUCGACAUGGACAUUGAUGGUAGCAUUGAUUCUCACGCUGGCAAUGACCGUGAGUAUAUCAGUCACAUAAACCCCACUACCACCCUUAACAAUCACUACCAUGAUGACAAUGAUGACAAUGCUAAUAGCAAAGACAACAUUACCACAAUAUCUCAGCUUGAAUAUGGGGAAUCUACUUGCUUCAUACCCAAAACACUGUCCUACACAAAUGUCAGCCUCGAUGAUCUACAGACCAAGUUUGGGGCUUCCGAGUUUGUCCAUGCCAUGGAAGCCUUCCUUCACAAGCACGGACUAUUUAGCAUGGAUUAUUGGGAUGCAGAACCAGCAACAUACUCAGUAUAUAAACGAUUUUGUGUCUCUAUUCCUCCAGUGCCUGAAGUCUCGCAGCUCGCAACCACUGAUGCUGUCCGUGCAACUCUUCCAGAACCAGCUCGUGGUCACAAGAAAGCAACACCAGGAUAUUUCGAUACAGUCUUGGCAAGGAAGGACUUGCCUGAGAAAGGUAUCACUGACUUAGAUUUGCUUGGACCCAAAGGCCUUCACGUUGCUCAAAUUCAUGCCAUCUUUGAUCUCCCUCCAGAGCUAGGGGAAUUCCGUCACACUUUUGCUUAUGUCGAGUGGUUCACACCCCUUUGCAAAGUGGAUGAGCUCACCAGAAUGUUCAAAGUUCAAUACUCUACUAUCUGA